CCGAACGACAUCUCCUCCUACCUCUGGCUCCUGUCCUCCCUCUGAGCUCUCUCUCCAUUCCCAAAUCCCCUUCUCUCUGCUGCCCUCUUCUUCCCAGUCCCGUAGAGCUUCUCCUUCCUCUGAUUGUAUCUCUGUUAUUGUAUUUGGACCUCAAACUCUCUGUAUAACUUCGGUUGGAGUGAUUUGGUGUUGAGCAGUCGAGUGAUUCCUUUGCCAAUUGAGUGGGGUUCGUGACACAUCGCAACGAUCUGCCACCGGAGGGGGAGGGGUGGUUGUUGCUCCGCCGCCGGCUACCUCUGGCUGUCGCCAGAGCUCGCCGGGGUGUUAGAUCCGCCCCUCCUUGCCUCUCCUGCGCAGCAACCUGCAUUUAAGCUAGCUUAGCAAAGAAGCCAAGAACAACAGGACAAGGAGGAGCAUGGAUAAGGAGGAGAAUACGGAAGCAUCGGUAAGCAUCAGCAACGAUGACAUGGACGCCAAUGAUGUGGAGGACAACUAUGAUGACGAUGAUAGGAAGCGCACGAUGGUGCUUGGUCCUCAGGUUCCCCUCAAGGACCACCUUGAGCUCGACAAGGACGAUGACAGCUUAAGGAGGUGGAAGGAGCAGCUCCUUGGAGAUGUUGAUACCACUAAGCUUGGAGAGACUGCAGAACCAGAGGUGACCAUAUUUAACUUGACCAUCCUAACUCCGGAGCGAGCGGAUCUGGUUCUGCCGAUCCCACUUGUGCCAGAUGACAAGGGGUAUGCAUUCGCACUCAAGGAUGGGAGCACCUACAGCUUCCGUUUCUCCUUCACCGUCUCCAACAACAUUGUGUCUGGUCUCAGAUAUACACACACUGUCUGGAAGACUGGAGUAAGAGUGGAAAAUCAGAAGGUGAUGCUGGGGACCUUCAGUCCUCAGCAGGAGUCUUACACAUACGAGGCUGAAGAAGAUACCACCCCAAGCGGCAUCUUUGCGAGGGGUUCAUACUCUGCAAAGUUGAAGUUUGUGGAUGACGAUGGGAAAGUCUACCUGGACAUGAACUACUGCUUUGAGAUUAGGAAGGAUUGGCCAGCCUCAGCCUAAAAUCCAGAGAAAAAAGGGUGAUACUAUGUGGGUAACAUGGUUUAGGUGGUAGAUAAUGAGAUGGUAUGGAUGUGCGCUAUCGGGUGAUGCGUUUUGUAUGUACGAUUCUCAUCGUGGCGCAGCGAUCUGACCUGAAGGGCCUUUGAUGCUCAGAAUUUGUUGUGUUUGCCUUGUGGAAUGGCUGGCAUCCCCGUGGAGAGGAGAUGUUACAUUUUAGUCUGUGGACUCCAGCAUACACUUAUCUAUUAUUCGCUGUGUCUUACUGAA